UGGUUCGUUGUUUUUAUUUCAGAGGUGGUGCAGAGCUCUUGUUCGAUGGUGUCAAAAAGCAUCAGGUGACUUUGCCUUGUCAACCAGAGCCUUGGGAUAUCAGAAACCUGCUAAAGUGGAUCAAACAGAAUCUGUUGAAAGAACGACCAGAAUUAUUUAUGCAAGGGGAAUCCGUGAGGCCAGGAAUUUUGGUGCUCAUCAACGACGCAGACUGGGAACUAAUGGGUGAGCUGGAUUAUAAACUCCAGGACCAGGAUAACGUGCUGUUCAUCUCGACAUUGCAUGGCGGGUGAACUCCUGGAAAAACAAGAGGAUGUAAAUCCAAAUCCCUGCGCAAAAAAAAAAACCCAAACUAAAACCUAAACCCACCUGAACCUCUCUUGAACUGCUUGUGCCUGGGCUCUGCAUCUUCCCACCGCGUUCACUUGUUAAUAGACAUCCAAAUAAAGCCCUGCCAACCUGCGGCCUGGUGUCCACCACAA